CUUUGACGCGUCUCCCUCUCAUCUCUUUUCCAUCUCUUUCCAUCUCUCCAUCACCCCCCCUCCCCCACGGCACCCUCUUCUACACUUCACCCUGGGCUGCAGUUACGAGGGCUUUGACCCAACUCACCCACCCCCCGUCAUCUCUGCCGUCAUAGAGCCCCGUGCCUGUUGGUUUAGAACCACGCGGUGACUGCUCGCUCUGCACCUCUGGUCAUCUGGUGUCCAUCCUCAAAGUCCAUUGCAUCUCUUUCCCCCCACCUCUUCAUUCCCGCCCACCCAAGCAUACCAUGUUCCGCCUCGCCGUCCAGCCAAGACGCGCCGCGUACUUGACAGCCACCGCUCUCGUCGCUGGUGGUUCCUACCUCUACCUGCAACAGCGGACCAAGCUCGAGUCGGAUGUUGCUCCCGUCACCAAACGCCGCCCCGGCCCUCUCUGGGCACCCAUGAGCCGUGAGCAGAUGCUCGCUCACCUUCGCUCCUCGGGCACAUUCAUCAAGCGUACAGCGCAUGGCGGGCCUGAACCCGGCCUUGUUUCCAAGGAUGCAACGCCAAAGGACGAUGAUGACGUAUUCGACUUGUUGAUCGUUGGCGGCGGAGCAACUGGUGCGGGUACUGCCGUGGACGCGGCGUCGCGCGGCCUCAAGGUCGCAAUGGUCGAGCGCGACGACUUCUCCUCGGGCACGUCGUCAAAGAGCACCAAGCUCGUGCACGGCGGUGUCCGUUACCUGCAAAAGGCCGUCAUGGAGCUCGACUAUGAGCAGUACAAGCUUGUCAAGGAGGCGCUGCGCGAGCGCCGCAUCUUCCUCGAGACGGCACCCCAUCUUUCCCACAUGCUCCCAAUCCUCCUCCCCCUCUACGCAUGGUGGCAGCUUCCUUACUACUACGCCGGCUGCAAGAUGUACGACAUCCUCGCCGGCAAGGAGAACAUGGAGAGCUCGUACUGGAUGACCAAGAGCCGCGCACUCGAGGCCUUCCCCAUGCUCAAGCCCGACGGUCUGGUCGGUGCUGUCGUCUACUACGACGGCCAGCACAACGACUCGCGUAUGAACAUAUCCCUUGUGGCCACUGCCGUGCAGCACGGCGCGAUUGUCGCAAAUCAGUGCGAGGUCGUAGCACUGCACAAGAAGCCCGACCCAACUCGCGGUGGUGAGCAGCGCAUCUGCGCUGCGACUCUCAAGGACCGCAUGACCGGCGAGCAGUUUGACGUGCGCUGCCGUGGCGUGGUCAACGCCACGGGUCCGUUCGCGGACGGCGUGCGCAAGCUCGACGAGCCCACGACUCAGGAGAUCGUCGCGCCCUCCUCGGGCGUGCACAUCACUCUGCCGAACUACUACGGCCCGCAGAAGAUGGGUCUACUUGACCCGGCCACGUCCGAUGGGCGUGUCAUUUUCUUCCUCCCGUGGCAGGGCAAUGUCAUUGCUGGCACCACCGAUUCGCCCGCAACCGUUAGCCAGAACCCCAUCCCCACCGAGGAGGAGAUCACCUGGAUUCUCGACGAGGUGCGCCGCUACCUUUCCCCCGACGUCAAGGUACGCCGUGGUGACGUCCUCUCCGCUUGGUCGGGUAUCCGCCCGCUUGUGCGCGACCCUGCGGCCAAAAACACUGAGUCGCUCGUGCGCAACCACAUGAUCAACAUUUCUAAGGGUGGCCUCCUCACUAUUGCCGGCGGCAAGUGGACUACCUACCGUGAAAUGGCCGAGGAGACCGUGGACGCGGCCAUCAAGGAGUUUGGCCUCAAGCCCAAUGGCCCAUGUCCCACGCACCACAUCAAGUUGAUGGGCGCGCAUGCCUGGACACCGACCAUGUACAUCAAGCUCAUCCAGCAGUUCGGUCUCGAGACGGCUGUUGCCAAGCACCUUGCUGAGAGCUAUGGCGACCGCGCAUGGGCGGUAGCGUCCAUGGCCGACCCCACUGGCCAGAGCUGGCCUAUCCACGGCAAACGUCUCUCCCCUCUGUACCCCUACAUCGAGGCCGAGGCACGCUACGCCGUGCGCCACGAGUUUGCGCUCAAGGCGACCGACUUCAUCGCACGCCGCACGCGCCUCUCCUUCCUCAACGUCCAGGUGACGCUCGAGGUCCUGCCAAGAGUGAUCGACAUAAUGGGCGAGGAGCUCGGCUGGGACGGAGUGCGCAAGAGCGCCGAGUUCGACGACGCUGUCCAGUUCCUCAAGUCGAUGGGUCUUCCCGACGCCACCAAGAUCACACUGCAGGACGUGCGCGCGCGUGCCGGCAAGAUCGGAGUGCUGGGUCUCGCGAGCAAGGAGGAGGCGGCGCAUUACGCGCGUUCCGCGUUCAGCCCGAAGGAGCUUGCACGCCUCAAGGAGCAGUUCGCGAGCCUCGACCUGGACCACGACAACCGGAUCACGCGCGAGGACAUCCUGCGCGCUAUGAAGAGCGCCGGCUACGACGCGAACCCCGACGUCGCGGCCAGCAUCCUUAAGGAGGUCGACUUUACGCGCAAGGGUGCCGUCGACUUCCAGGACUUCCUCGACAUUGCUGCGGGCCUCAAGGAGCUCCAGCUCGACUCGGCGUUCACGCACCUCGCCAAACUCAGCCCCGAGGACAAGGACAAGCGCCCGCGCAUCUCGGUCGAGCGGUCCGGUGGUGGUGCGUAAGUGGGGAAAAGGCGGCGUGGGUGCGACAAAGGUCGGAAGGCUGGGCGAUUUCACGCUGCCAGAUACCAGCGGUGAGCGUGUUUCGAGAGGACAUUAUACCCAGACAUAUCUCGGUCAUGCAACAGUGUAGCAGUGUG